AACAAAUCCCCAUGCGCCCUCCUUUUACAUCUCUCCGUCUUCUUGUCUGUCGCCCUCACUUACUUUUCUUCUCUCCCUUGCGCAUUUCUCCCUCGCAAUUCGUACUGCAGGCCAAGAUGUCGUCUUCAGCGUACAAGGGUGCAACGCCCUCGGACCUGAACGUGGACCCCCGCAUCGUGCCCUUUUUCGAGAGAUUCUACGCCGUAUCCGACGACCCCAACGCCCACGAAGAAUACGCCCAGUCCUUCGUGCCGGACGCGGACUUCACCAUGGGCGCCAAGAAGACGGCAGGCUACAAGGGCAUCCUGGAACUGCGCCAUGGCCUGUGGUCCGGCCCGAUCAAGACGCGCAAGCACACGCUGCACAAGAUCUUCCCGUUUGGCGCCACCAGCGAGGGCAGCAAGGAGCUCAUGCUCUACGGGAACGUGGACUACGGCUUGAAGAACGGCAAAGCGGUCACGUGUGAGUGGGCGGCGAGAGCGGUCAUGGCCGAAUAUGAGGGCGGCUUGAGGUUCAAGCUGUAUCAGGUCUAUGUGGAUUCGACACCUGUUGCGAAUGCGCUGAAGGACUAGCAAGAGCAAGAAUCAAAGACACUGCAACGAUGCGAUCACGUCGCUUCUGUUUGAACAUGGAGUCAUGAUCUCUUCUGCACAUUGGUCUAUGACUUCCACUUUCCUCUAUCUGUCAUGACACUAUAUUUCUCCGACUUUUUCACUGCUCUGGGAUUUGCGCAUAACGUGCGGAGUAUUGGUCCGCCAGCUCUAUGGCCGUAACCGCUGAGGAUCACGAGGGAAAGGCGUGGCUUGUCGUACAUUGUCCAAACCAAGGAAGAACAUGACAAUCCGGUUCAAGCCCAAUCCACC